AUGUUCGGCGGGCGCAAGUUCUCCUUCAACCGGCAUACCGGUGCUCCAAAGCCCAGGAUUCGUCGUUUCAGCAACGCCGAGCCUACCGCCCAGGAGACUCAGUCCGAGAUCCAUCGCGACUUUCGCCAGGCCCACGAAGGCCAUCGCCCCCACGCCGGCCUGGACGCCAGCAGGGCCUCGACUGGUGUCAUCUGGUGCACCGAACGUGCCGCCGAGCUGGGCUACUUUGACGAGCCCGACUCCUGGGCCAACCUGGGCCAGGGCGCCCCCGAGGUCGAAGACGACAUUGCCGGCUGUUUCAAACGUCCCGAGACCAUUGGCAUCUCGGUAGCCGCCCGCGAGUACGGUCCCACGGCCGGCAUCCGCCCGCUGAGGGAGGCCGUCGCCAAGCUGUACAACGAGAUGCACCGCAAGGGCAAGGAGAGCCAGUACACGUGGGAAAACGUCGCCAUUGUCCCCGGCGGCCGCGCCGGCUUGAUCCGCAUUGCUGCCGUGCUGGGCAAUUCCUACCUCAGCUUCUUCCUGCCGGAUUACACGGCGUACAACGAAAUGCUGAGCUUGUUCAAAAACUUUGCCGCCAUUCCCGUCCCCCUGUCAGAAGAGGACGGCUACCACAUCCACCCGGACAAGAUUGCCGAGGAAAUCGCCCGCGGCACAUCCGUCAUCCUCACCUCGAACCCCCGCAACCCUACCGGCCGGGUCGUGGCCAAUCCCGAACUGGCCGAGAUUCAAGACAUCUGCCGCGGUCGCGCCACCCUCAUCAGCGACGAGUUCUACUCGGGGUACAACUACACCAGCAACUGCGACGGCACCACCAUCUCGGCCGCCGAAAACGUGGACAAUGUCGACGAAGACGACGUCUUGAUCAUCGACGGACUCACCAAACGCUUCCGACUGCCUGGAUGGCGGAUCGCGUGGAUUUUGGGACCCAAGGAGUACAUCAGCGCUAUUGGCUCUUGCGGUAGUUACUUGGACGGCGGCGCCAGCCAUGCGUUCCAGGAUGCCGCCAUUCCCAUGCUGGACCCCAAGCUGGUCCACACCGAGAUGGUCCAUCUGCAGCUUCACUUCCGCCAAAAGCGAGACUACGUCGUCAAGCGCCUGCGAGAGAUGGGAUUCGUCAUCAAAUACGUCCCCGACUCGACGUUUUACCUGUGGCUGAACCUCGAAGGCCUGCCGGCGAGCAUCUCCGACGGCCUCAACUUCUUCCAGGCCUGUCUCGAGGAAAAGGUCAUUGUGGUGCCGGGCAUCUUCUUCGACCUGAACCCGUCGCGACGCCGCGACCUGUUUGACAGCCCGUGCCACCACUUUGUGCGUUUCUCGUACGGCCCAAGGAUGGACGUGCUGCGCAUGGGCCUGGACGGCAUCGAGAGGGUUGUGUCCAAACACAAGAAGGCGGCGGAAUAG